UCGAGCGUUCAGCUUUCCGACUGCUUGUCUCUGUUCACAGAGCCCGAAGUACUUGAUGAGGAUCAUACAUGGCUUUGUCCUCAUUGCAAAUGUCAAAGACAAGCUUCAAAACAAAUGCUGCUCUAUCGUCUUCCUCCUAUUCUAGUUAUUCACAUCAAAAGAUUUGCUUUCAACAGUUUCACAUUUAGACAAAAAAUUCAGGAUUUCGUACAGUUUCCUCUACGUGACUUGGAUAUGUCUCCUUACUGUGUCCCAAAUUCUGCAAUGUCACCAUCGACGUAUGAUUUAUAUGCUGUCAUCAACCAUCAUGGAUUUUUGCUAGGUGGCCAUUACACAACGUUUGCUCAAUAUAAUAUAAGUGUUAAAAAUACAGGUUGGAGGUUUUUUGAUGACUCAACUGUAACUCCAUGUAGCGAAAAUGAUGUCAUCACAGAUGGAGCAUACGUUCUUUUUUAUAAAAAGAAGGAUGCUGAA